AUGAGCGUUGUUUCUGGUGUGAUCUCAAGGCAAGUCUUGCCAGCAUGUGGCAGCCUAUGUGUCUUUUGUCCUUCCAUGCGUGCAAGGUCUAGACAGCCCGUGAAGAGGUACAAGAAGUUGAUAGUCGAUAUUUUCCCCCGAUCACAGGAAGAAGAGCCAAAUGAUCGAAAAAUCGGAAAGCUUUGUGAGUAUGCUGCAAAAAAUCCUUUGCGCAUCCCAAAGAUUGCUAACUCCCUUGAGCAAAGAUGCUACAAAGAACUAAGGAAUGAAAACUUUCGAUCAGUGAAAAUUAUACUGUGCAUUUAUAGGAAGUUGUUAGUGUCUUGCAAGGAACAAAUGCCUUUGUUUGCAAACAGUGUAUUGACCAUUAUGAAUACCUUGUUGGAUCAAACAAACAAGGACGAGAUGUUAACAAUUGGAUGUGAAUCUCUCUUCGAUUUCGUAAAUAAUCAGAACGAUGGAACUUACAUCUUUAACCUCGAAGGGUUUAUUCCAAAGCUCUGCCAGCUGGCUCAAGAAGUUGGAGAAGAUGAGCGGGCAGAGACAAUAAGGGCAGUUGGACUGCAAGCUCUAUCUGCUAUGGUGUUUGGUUCAUGGGUGAAAACUCUCAUAUUUCAGAUGAAUUUGACAAUAGAGGAGGCCAAGAACCCGUGCUUCUGGUCGAGGGUGUGUUUACAAAACAUGGCCAAUCUCGGAAAGGAAGCUACCACCAUGCGCCGUGUAUUGGAAUCUUUGUUUCGGUAUUUUGAUAAUGGGAAUCUAUGGACAGCUAAAAACGGGAUUGCUUUUCCUGUUCUCAAAGAGAUGCAGCUUUUGAUGGACGAUUCUGGACAAAAUACGCACUUUUUGCUCUCAACAUUAGUGAAGCAUCUCGACCAUAAAAACGUAACCAAGCAACCCGAGAUGCAGCUCGAUAUUGUAGAAGUUGCCACGGCCCUUGCUAGGCUCGCGAAAGUCCAUUCUUCUGUGGCUAUAGUCAGUGCUGUGAGUGAUAUCAUGAGACAUUUGCGUAAAAGCAUACAUUAUUCACUCGACGAUGCAAAUCUCGGCGAAGAUUUGAUUAAAUGGAAUAGAAAGUUUCGGGAUGCAGUGGACGAGUGCCUUAUUGAGCUGUCAUCGAAGGUUGGAGAUGCAGGUCUGAUUCUUGAUGUAAUGGCAACUAUGUUAGAGAAUAUUUCUAGCGUUACUGUUACAGCUCGAACAACUAUUUCUGCAGUCUACCGAACGGCUCAGAUCAUAGCCUCGUUGCCGAAUUUAUCCUACCGAAAGAAGGCUUUCCCAGAAGCUUUGUUCCAUCAGCUACUACCUGCCAUGGUCCACCCGGACCACGACACACGAAUCGGGGCCCACCAGAUCUUCUCUGUUGUCCUUGUCCCGACAUCUGUCUCACCUCAGACGGGUCCGGUUAUAUCUGACCCGGAAAAAAAGAUGGACUUUCCACGAACGCUCUCGAGAACAGUCUCGGUUUUUUCCUCGUCGGCUGCACUUUUCGAGAAGCUGAAAAAAAACCAAAGGAACAAUUCGAAGGAAAAUCUUGAAUUGAACGAAGAAGAAAAGGUCUCGGGUGAUGUUGAGCAGAAAAACAGCAUGAAUGGGGUUUUGGACAAAGUUAAGUCGACUUACAGCCGAGUAUAUAGUGUCAGAAGUACACCGGCUCUGGAUGGCGAGUUGAACGUCAAGGCAAAUCGAGAAGAUCCUGUUCCUCUUAGAUUGAGCAGCCACCAAAUAUCCCUCCUGCUUUCUUCUCUUUGGGCACAAUCCAUUUCUCCAUUAAACAAACCUGAAAAUUAUGUAGCCAUUGCUCACACGUACAGCUUGGUUUUGCUGUUUUCUCGAGCCAAGAACUCCUACCGUGACGCUCUCAUUCGGUGUUUCCAGCUGGCGUUUUCAUUAAGGACUGUUUCUCUUGCUUCUGGAGGGACAUUGCCACCUUCUCGUCGUAGGUCCCUCUUUGUAAUGUCGACUUGUAUGAUAAUCUUUUCAUCAAAGGCUUACAAUAUCCUUCCUCUUGUCCGGCUUGUGAAAGCUACACUCUCUAGUGAAGUGGUUGAUCCAUUUUUGUGUCUGGUUGAUGACUCAAAGUUGCAGCUUAACGAAAAAGAAUCAGGAAAACAAAUUAGUUAUGGGUCGGAAGAAGAUGACAGCUCAGCAACGAGAUGUCUCUCGGACAUUAAACUUAACGAGGAUCAGAGUAGAGAAUCGCUAGUUUCGGUUAUUAUCAAGAAUUUGGAUAAUUUGCCAGAAUCUGAAGAGUCCAGCACAAGGGAGCAGUUGAUCAAGGAAUUUUGGCCUGACGAUUUGUGCUCUUUUAAAGCCCCAUUUUUCAAAGAAAGCAAUGAUGAAGAACGUAACACAGAGUCUCAUAAUGAUAAGUCCCUCGAUCAGGCCGCCUCAUUGUUUGUAAUAGACGAUGACUCUCUUCCGGAUUCACUUGGAAGUAGCAAACACAAUUCACAGUCGAGCAUUGAAAAUUUCAAUCUCUUGAGCGUCGAUCAACUUCUACAAUCCGUUUUGGACACAGCACAUCACGUAGGCCGAAUAUCGGUGAGCACAGCACACGAUGCGUCUUACAAGGAGACAGCACACCAUUGUGAGGCGCUUUUGGUGGGAAAACAACAGAAAAUGUCAAACCUGAUAACGACUCAGAAAAGGCAAAAAGUCAACCUGUUGACCUUGCCUUCACAAAACUCACGCGAACAAACUAAGACAGUGGCAUCACUGGACAAUAGCUCACUUAAGGGAGAAAAUACAUUCUUGGAUCAAAAUGUUAGUGGGCUUCCAAUGAAGACAGUAAGCCCACCUGGAAUAUGUUCGGCUGAGGUCCAAAAUCAUCCCGACUCAUUGAGGCUGCCAGCAUCAAGCCCGUAUGACAACUUCUUGAAAGCUGCCGGGUGCUGACUAGGACCGACUUGAUUGGCUGUCCGAGCUUAUGGCGUAAUAUCACUCACCGGAUGACACCCUUUAGUAGACGAUCAACUGCCUGUGGCGUAAGCUGCAUUGCUCGCUUAUUGGCCCAAAGAUAGCUACUGUUUUUGUGACCCGAUUGCCUGAUUCUCCUUAUUCUUUAAAAUUUAAAUUCUUUAUUUGUGGAAAUUUUAGCCCGAGGCGUGAGGAUUUUUUUUUGUAGAAUUAGCUGAGACUUGGAAAACCAGUCUCUGUGUGCAGAUGCAUCUCAAAUGAAACUUGAAACUAAACUAGUGAUAUAAGUUAUAAAUGGUGACUUCAUUUUAUGCAUA